GGAAGAGGGCGGGGCGCGGCCCUCGGGUCAGUCUCUGCCUCCGGCACCGGCCGCGCAGCUGAAGGCGGCCGAGCGGAAGCCCCAGCCAUGGCUGCGAUCCGAAAGAAGCUGGUGAUUGUGGGGGAUGGGGCCUGCGGGAAGACCUGCCUCCUCAUCGUCUUCAGCAAGGACCAGUUCCCAGAGGUCUACGUCCCUACUGUCUUUGAGAACUACAUUGCAGACAUAGAGGUGGACGGCAAGCAGGUGGAGCUGGCCCUGUGGGACACAGCAGGGCAGGAAGACUACGAUCGCCUCCGGCCUCUCUCCUACCCGGACACUGACGUCAUCCUCAUGUGCUUCUCCAUCGACAGCCCGGACAGCCUGGAAAACAUUCCUGAGAAGUGGACUCCGGAGGUGAAGCACUUCUGCCCCAACGUGCCCAUCAUCCUCGUGGGCAACAAGAAGGACCUGAGGCAAGACGAGCACACCCGGAGGGAGCUGGCCAAGAUGAAGCAGGAGCCCGUUCGGUCGGAGGAAGGCCGGGACAUGGCAAACAGGAUCAGUGCCUUUGGCUACCUCGAGUGCUCGGCCAAGACGAAGGAGGGGGUGCGGGAGGUCUUCGAGAUGGCCACCCGGGCUGGCCUCCAGGUCCGCAAGAAUAAGCGCCGGAGGGGAUGCCCCAUUCUCUGAGACCCCCAAGGCCUCCCCUCCUUCCCCACCUGAGUCCCUUCACGGGGGUGCAGUAACACCCCCGGCCCACCCUCUUAGGGGCCCCGUGCUGAAGGCCCCCUUUUCCAGUUCCCUCUAGCCCAGGACUGCAGCGGUUUCCGAGGCCCCGGCCUGCCCUGGUGGUGGGGGCUGGCGGUGGCGGGAGCCCCCUCCUACCCACCGGCUCUCUGGGAGCCUAGGGCUAUGCUGGGCCCUCCCAGAGCAGAGUUCUGUGCUGCCUGGGUCCAGGGGUGGGGCUCUCGAUCCCUUUGGCCUUUCCCAGAGGAUCAUAACACACCAGCACUUUAAGCGCUUCUGGCUCACAGGAGGAGGAGCGUGUCUGGGGUAGGGGACUUGGAGAGUGGAGCCCAGAGUCCUGGGUCCCUACUGUUUCUGCUCUGGGCAGGGGCCUUGUCUCUGGCUGUACCUGGUGGGGGGC